GGGUCUAUUAAAUAUCAUGGGGUGCAGGAGAGGGUUCAUAAUCGAUGAGCCACCCCGGCGGCAAAACAGUGACUUCGAAGUCAUGGAGAGGUUCAGUCCACCAGCGGCGUCUCUGAAGAAACGGAUCAGCCCACCGAUCGCGUGGAACCUCGGCUUGACCAGCAAGGAGCCGAAAUUAAUUAAGGUUAUCCUGCUGGGACUACAGGGAGUCGGUAAAACUGCGCUGGCGGUGAGAUUCGCGACAAAGCGGUUCAUCGGCGAAUACGAUUGCACCACCGAGAGGAUCUACAAGGUCGACAACUUCCUGGACGCUUCGUGGGAGCUGACCGACCCGCCGGGAUUCCUGCCACCCCCGACCGAGUUCAAACUCCGAUUAGCCGACGCUAUAAUCCUCGUCUACUCUGUCUCGGACCGCGUCAGCUUCGACGAAACCUCUCGUCUUCGAUUUUUGGUCUCGCACGCAAGGAGGACCAGGAAGGUGCCGCCAGUGGUGAUCUUAAUCGGGAACAAGGCGGACCUGUCCUAUACGCCGGGCGAGAGGGUGGUUUCCACCUCGGAGGGCCGGCAAAGGGCCGAGGAGAUCGAGGCUCAUUCGUUCCACGAGAUCUCCGUCAGGGAAUCCGUCGAGCAAGUCAUGGCCAUUUUCACCGACGUCUUCAAACUGUUGACGGAAUUGCCGGGCAAUUCUGGACAGCAGACGAAUUCCUUCAGGGUGAGGGCGUCCACUGACGGCACACUAAACGCACUGAGGCGUCCCUCGCCGGUGCCCCUCAAAAGAAGAUUCAGCAUCUCCGUGAGAGGAACGAUCCACUGAUUACUGCACAGAAUACUACGUCUUUUGCAGAAGAAACCGAAAAUGAAUGUUAGAUUUAACGAAUAACUCGGAAGAAUUUUUAAGCUAAAAGAAGAAAACAGCUGUACUUUUCUAGCAGUAUCUAUAUAAUUAUUUCAUAACGAACCGAGCGACUUCAAUGGAAGAAACUUGAAGUCGAUAUUCGCGGAGAGAAGUUAGAUGUUUCCAUGAAGCUGGAUAAUUAUAUCUGUCCCGGUGGCAGUAAUGACUGUAAUCGCUGCGAAACUGAAAAUGGCAUCCUACGCGUCGGUAGACGUUUAUAUAAAUCCUUAGUUCUCGAGGAAAUUACAGAACUAUGUUAUACAAUGUUUUGCUGGCAGGAGUAUUAUUUAUAGCUGAGCGUCUCGCGAGUCGUGUGAAUGUUGUUCGUAGUCCAACCGUUAAAGAGAACCUCGGUUAUUUCAAUGUCGAAUGGUUGAAGAGUUUUGAAAGGACCUAUAUCCUGUGAUAGAAUUUAUUAAAAAUACACUCUCGAGUUUGGUCCCUGGGACAAUUAGACUUAACUGUAUGUAACGAUGGCUGAUGUACUCUGUAAAAUAUCUUACCGUGCUAACGGUAACAAUAAAAAUCGGUACGUAACGAUUUAUUCGUGUCUAAUCGCCAAUAAAAGCGCCUUCGGAUUAUUGUCCUGGAUGGCUGAUCUACAGUGAGCCACCGUGUUCGAUGCAUUCUUGCCGACUAAAAUCAAGUCCAGGAACUAAGUAAUCCCUCGAUUCGCUGAAACGAAGAAAAGAAUCGCUCACCUCUUAACCUAGCUGCCCGCUGCACGCCAAGAUUCAGCUCCUUCAAGUUCGCUGCCAAAUCCCGGUAACUCUUCAUUCGGAUUUCGUGUUCCUUGAUCAGAUCCACGUUGACGUUCUUCAACUGCACCAACCUCUUCCUCAUUUCCUCGACGUUCUCGAGAAUCCUAGCAUCUUCCAAGCGAAUUAUGAUGUUCUUCAACAGAGUGGUGUCACUGGCUGCCUCUGCCUGCAGUCUCGCGUCGAUCUCCUUCAAAUCUGUAACAGGAUUUGCUUCGUUCAGCUAAGAUUUACGUAAUACGAAGCACGACGCUUCGAGCGCACCUUUGACGCGUUCCAAAGCGUCCACGAGCUUUUUCUCUUCGUCUGGGAACGAGACUUCCGAGGACAACUCUCUCAGGCCUAGAUACAGGGACAGGGAUUGAAUAAUGUCCCCCGCGAACGUGGAAUCUUCCGUUUGAAUGGUCACUUUCCCAGUCAUGUCGGCUUUGAAACAAUGAAUUCUAUUGUCUCUCAUCCCUUUGAGCCACGCUUCAAUGCCCCCAGCGUUUAGCCCGUCUUCCUUGAGCUCAAACUCGUUGGGGAGGAUCAGGCUCUGGUUCAGCCAGAGGGCGAUCCUUUGAGGCCUCUCUGCGAACUGAAAGGACGUUACUUUCGUCGGAGCUCUGACAGUUCACUUCUUAACCCUUUCGCGACGGGUGCCGUGUAUAUACGGCAGUCACUUAUGACUUUACAGCGGCUGACGCUGUCUAGAUACGGCAGUCACUUAUUGGUUUUUUUAUAUUAUUAUUUUAUUUCAAUAGCGAACUCAAAAUAAAGCUAUAAAUACGUUGGUGGCGAAGUAUGGUUCACUUGCGCUUUCGUGAACGACGACAAAGUAUGAUCAGUCGCGCCGUCGCGAAAAUUGGCAAAGUAUGGUCAGUCGCACUGUUGCGAAAAGUAGCGAAGAAUGGUACAGGUGCGCCGUCGCGAAAGGGUUAAAUCCUUUGCACUCGGGAGGACGCUUAAUAACUAUUUAAUUUGAAUAGUAGUUUUGAUACUUUCACGGCCUGGCGUGUUACAUUCAUUUCUGGCUUUCGGAUGAGAGCCGUGUCCACUAGGAAUUUAUUCCCAACGUUUCGCCAGCAUUGCAGCUGGCUUCAUCAGGGAGCUAAAGGCACAUUGAUACUGAUGUGUGCCAAGGAAGAGUCUCUUUAACCCUUUGCACUCGAGAAGUGACUCUCAGUCACCACUUGAUUUGAUACAGCAAAAGUAUAAAGUUGAACAUUUAGUAUUUUAAAUGAAU